ACUUCCGUAUCUCUGAGCCCCGGGCUGCUUCCGUAUCAUGUAAAAGUUUGUUGUUCCCCUGCUGGACGGUCCAUCGCUUCAGACGACACAUUUCCUGACAAUGCGCGCCAUUCCCGAGGAGUUAACUGCGCUCAUUUCAGAUCUUGAACAUUUCCUCAACGAUGGCUUGAAAGGCGAAAACUUGAGCAAGAAGGCGAAAGAGAAGAGGGAGACCUUCAUCAAACGGAUCAGGGAGGUCAAACAAGGUUUCCCACAAGAUUUCAAGGAAAAAAUAGGCGGAGACGACUCGGAUGACGAGGAGGAAAUUGACAGCAACAAUGACGGAGGGUCGCUGCAGUCGGAGCGCACUGACAAGGAUGAGGAGACCUGCGAAGGUGCCCAGCAGUUGCCACCUGUAGCAGCUCAGGAUCUGCCGUAUGUUUUCAAAGCAGGAUACCUUGAGAAACGAAGAAAGGAUCACAGCUUUUUUGGCACCGAGUGGCAGAAGAGAUGGUGUGCUCUGAGCCAUCAUACUUUCUACUAUUAUGGCAGCGAGAAAGACAAACAGCAGAAGGGCGAGUUCAAUAUCGACGGCUACACUGUCAAAAUGAACAGCACCUUACGGAAAGACUCCAAGAAAGACUGUUGCUUUGAAAUUUCGGCUCCGGACAAGCGAAUCUACCAGUUUUGUGCGUCAUCAGUGAAAGAGGCGGAGGAAUGGGUGAAACAGAUAGACUUUGUUCUGAGAGAUAUGACAGGCAUCAUCCCAGAAGAAGAGGAGGAGGAACAGGAGAUGUACGAUGAUAUUGGACGCGCUGAUGAUGAGGCCGGACCGAUCGAUGAGGACAUCUACGAAGAGCUCCCAGAGGAGGACGUGCCCUCUCCAGUAAAACCUCCUCCAAAAGUUGAGCCAGCAAGCAAACCAGCUCUCCCUGCUCCAGCUGAUAAGAGCACAGACUACCAGAACUUCUACCAGGGCUUAUGGGACUGCAUAGCGGACCACCCAGACGAGCUGUCCUUCAAACGUGGAGAUGCCAUCUACAUUCUGAGCAAGGAGUACCAGAGCUUCGGCUGGUGGGUCGGAGAGAAGAAUGGAACUGUAGGUAUUGUUCCCAAAGAGUACCUGAUGGAGCUGUAUGCUCUGUAAACACACCCAGACCUCAUAGCUGCAAAGUUUAUCAUUUCACUUGCUUGUUAAGUUCAGACUUUACAACUGGAAUCCCUCCUGUAGUCGUUUGAAGAGGCUAAUGCUAUAACUGUAGCACAUUUAUGAGUAUUUUUCCAGAAUAUCUGCACUUUGCACUGCUUGUUAGUAUUUAUUUUCUAUUCAAGGUACUUUUUUUUUUUUUUUUUACACUCCAUCAUUUCAUACAUUGCUUUUGGCAAAUUAGAUUUUUGCAUAUAGCAAAAUUAAUAAAGAUUUGAGCAUA